UCCAUCCUCCUCGCUGCCUACCACCUCUCCGCCGCCGUCUUCCUCGACUCACCAUUCGCUUUUCUCCCCGUCGUGUCUCUCUCCCCGGCUGGCCUUGCUUACCCUUUUUAUUUAUUUAUUUAUUUAUUUAUUUUUUUUUGGAGGCUUCCGCUCGAGCAGCUACGCGUGAUGAGGUUUCCACCAGGCUGAGUUAGCUCUCUUCGUGUCCAAGACUUCGCGGAGCCUCACGGGCAAACCUAGCCCCCGGCGUCUUAUCUGUUUCCUCAACCUACUCACACGCGGUCCGAUCCCGUUCGCGUUCCGCGAAAAUCGUCAAGAUGGUGUUAUUCAAGCGCAAACCCGUUCAGUAUCUCCCGAAGCCGACCAUUGAAGAUGACAGCUCAGAGGUUUGGGUCAUUCCCGAGACAGAUGAGGUUUUCACGAGCUACGAGCCGUUUUUGCAGAGAAUGAAUUUCUACAAGCAGAAGCGGUUUAUAUGCGAGAUCACCGGUCACUCAUCCCUUACCUUUUUCGAGGCCUUGAGAAGCGAAGCUGAGGGUUCCAGAGAAGUGGAUAACGCCUUUCCCGAGGCCCUGAAGGAGCCGGUGCUGCGCAAGGUCCAAUUCUCCAUCGUGUCAAGAAUAGAUAGUCUUGUGGAUCAGCUUUACGAGGUACCCCUUUCCAGAGCAGAGCCGAAUUUAAAAACAACUGUCGAGCUUACAUUUUUCAAGGAUUUCAAGCAGGACUUCUAUCCCGGCGAACGAGUCACCGUGUUACUUACAAAUGGCUCUCGGCUACAGGGGGUGGUUCGCGAGAAGGCAAGAUUCCCAGAAAUCUGUCGAUCAGAUGGGACCUUAGAACGGAGGGCGUCAUCCCGGUACCUGGUGAAACUUACCAACCGUCAAAACGAAGAAGCGUUGGUGGAUGACGAACAUCUGGCGCGUGAUCGGAAAAUAUUCACAAAACAGAUGUUGAGGUCGUUCAUCAAGAAUACAGUGUCGAGAGAGUCCUGGAACGGUGCGCCCUGGCUGGUCAAGCCGCAUAUUGCUGAAUACUACCAUAUCGAUACCGAGGUUCCUCAGCAUCUUCAAUACGGGAAUAAAGCGGGAAAGAAGGCUAAGGUGUCGGCAGAUAAGCAGGAAGACGAAAAGUUAUUUGGAUUCUUUGCCUCGCAACGCCCGCAGUUGAAGCCAUCCACGAAAGGUCAGAAGGCGAAAACCCCCCAGGAGCUUGAAAAGGCAAAGGAGGAACAGUACGAAGCCUAUAGACGAUCAUUAAACGGCAACCCAUCGUUUAGACUGCCAAAGAACGAUAAACACAGGCCACCACCUCCCUCUGAAGCACCGGUGGCCCUUCUUCCAGAAUUUUCAGUCAUCAUUAACAACAAGUUACCGCCCUCCCCACCACCGCCUCCGCCGGCCCCGAUCAAAUAUCCUAUCGAGGAUCUCGACAUACCGCCAACCGACGGCGCCCGGCGCCCAAGCUUACGCUUCUUGACCAAUGACGAAACUGCCGAGAAACUCGACCUAGGCCUCAAAAUGGAAUCUGUCGGGCCCCUUCUCGAAACUUGGAACACGUUGAACGUAUAUUGUGAAGUGUUCCAGCUUGACUCGUUCACCUUUGAUGACUUUCUCGAGGCAAUGCGCUUUUCCUCCGAUGAUAUCAACUGCGAACUCUUCACAGAGAUCCAUUGCGCCGUGCUGAAAAUACUUGUUAACUCCGAAAAAGAUCAGGAAGGUGCUAUUCAAAUAUCUUUACCUGCGGCCCCGGAAGAAGACUCCGAGGAGGAGUCAGAGGAAUCUGAACCUGAGCCCGAGCCUGAGCCCGAACCGGUGCCGACUCGAAGAACAACAAGAAGUAGUCUGGCACGGGUUGAGAUCAACAAUACGAAGCCUCCACCACGCAGUCGUUCCACCACCGCUGAUAUUAAAGUCCACCGGGCUGCCGAGAUGUUUACGGAGUACGGGUGGAUCGACCGUGUGCGGAAGCGCGAUUUCAAGAAUGGCGGAUGGGAGCUUGUGAUGAUCGGUCUCCUAUACCGACUGUCGAGUCGGCCAAGGUUGCAGAAGAUUUGCGAUGAAAUUCUCUCUCAUCUUGCACCCCUGGAUGCCGAACCGACACGAGAGACCGCCCAGGAGCAAUAUUCUACCCUCAACAUAAACCUACGUAUACAGGCGCUACAGAUCAUCUGCAUGCUCACUCUUGAAACAAAAGCUAUCAAGAAUUACCUUGAAGAGUGUAGCAACCAAAUGACCGAGUUCCGGAAAGAGAAGAUUGAGCUGCAGCGCGCUCGAAAAGCUACCCUCGAAGAGCUACGGAAGCUACAUGAAGAACGGAAAGAACUUGAGCCGGAGCGCCCUCCUUCUCCCGCUCCGGAGCCAGAGGAGAUUGCCGAAUCGAAGGUACCCGGAACCGAAGAAGAAUCGGAGGCCACUAGCGAGUCAGACGAGGAAGAAGAAUCCUAUAUUGGUCGCUCUCUACGUGGAGGAGCUGAUAGGGAGCUCGAACGCAAGCGAAGACAGGAAGAGGAACGGCUGCGUAAAGAACUGGCUGCCAAGCUACCGAAGGGAACGAAACAAUACCAACGGGUGCUUAAGAAGAUUGAAGACCUUAAGGCCAAGGUCAAGGCGUAUGAGGCGGACAUAGCCGUCCUUGAUAACGACCUGCGCGAGGCGGAUUGUCCCAGGACCCGCGUUCUUGGAAAAGAUCGGUUUUGGAAUCGCUACUAUUGGUUUGAACGAAACGGAAUGCCUUACGAAGGCCUUCCCAAUAGCUCGACGGCGUCUGCAGGUUACGCCAAUGGAAGAAUAUGGGUGCAAGGUCCCGACGAGAUCGAGCGUGAAGGGUUCAUCGAUCUUCCCGACGAAUUGAACCGAUCAUAUUUCAAAGAGUUUGGUAUGACUGUUGCCGAGCGUAAAAGGGCCGAAGAAGGGCCCACGAGCAUGCUCAAUGCCCAGGAAUGGGGAUAUUACGAGGACCCAGACGAGCUGGACGAGCUUAUCAAUUGGCUCGAUAGUCGAGGAGUCCGCGAGAUUAAAUUGCGCAAAGAGCUCCAGCUUCACAGGGAUAACAUCGCCAAGUACAUGAAGAACCGAAAGGAGCAUCUGUCGCAGCAUGCAUCCAAGGUGGAAUUGGAGGAGGAGCCUCCGACGAGGAUGUCCACGCGGACGAAGACGUACACCGAUUACAGCAACUUCCAUUGCCUGAAGUGGAAAAAUUCGACGGCUCUACGGGAUAACGGUCAUCUGCACAUUGAACCAGAACGCCCUACGAAAAGAGCGAAGAGAUCGAUGGACAACGCUAGAGAGCUGAAGAUGCUGAAUCGCCAGGGCAAGCCGCUGGCCAGACAGGGUACGCGGUACAAUUUCUAGGCGCCGCCGGCUUCUGCCAGCGGGAUAUUCCAAA